CCUAACACUGAAAAAAACUACAUAUCGUACUUCUGAGAAGUACAUUCCACUGACAAUGCCUCGCUUUUCAAAAUGUUAUGAAAGCCGCCGGGUAGACAAGUGAGAGAAACAGGCCACCAAGGAAACAACAAUAGCUAAAACUUUCACAUUAGCCAUAGCUUUUUACAGGGGCAAGUUAAUAACGACCAAACAUCUUUAGAAAACAUGAUUUUGGUUCAAUGGCAGGACGAUCUGACAACACAUGUAAGGGACUAAAUGAAAGGCGCAUAAUACGUGAAUAAUGUAUUUGUUUUAGUGGCUAUUACCUGCCUCCAUCCUUCGGCUGUCAUUGGUGUUAAAAGGCAGGAUACACGCAUAGUGUAACCUAUUGGAUAAUGUAGUUUAAAUGCGUUUGUGAUUCGUGACAACUAAUAACAUUUGAAAACAUUAUAAACUACAUCUACCAAAAUGUAUUGUUCAUAACGAAUCAACGUGAGAGUUCCCAGACUGCAAAACAUUACUUGACAGUCUGGUUUUUGUAGUUUUUUCACCCAAUUAAAAAAAUGGUUAUGGACAUACUUAGAUAUGGCUAAUUCCGAUAUGAAAAAUAUUCAUUUUCAUUGUCUCAAUUAUUAAAUGCGUGCCCGUUGCUUUAAAACAUAAUACCUAUUUUAUUUUUUGCGUGCGUUUAGGCUACAAUGUAUAUAUAUAUCAGUCAAAAACGUUCAUGCCCUGUGCCAGAAUGUGGCAGUGUAAGAGAGGAUCAAAAUCGUAGUGUUAUCUAUCACGGGUCAAUUGUGACGGACUGAUCUACAAAUAAUAAUGAGUAGUUAGUUACGAUGCAGUGUUCUUUGUAGAUCAGUCAGUCGGCAGUCUUCUGCAAUGUCGAACAUGCUCCAUUAUCAUUGAAGCAAGCUGCUUUGACAACAUUAGCUACAUUGUUGCCAGUGGCAGUAGCCUUACUGUACAUGACGCCCCUAGUGGCCUAUCUCUCUAGCUAGCGUGAACCACAAUAGCAAGCAGUUUGAUAAAAAAAUCAUCCUUUUGAUACGUAAUUUUAUUGUUAAUCCAAAUAAGGAUAUAAAAUAUAGUCAUGAAUCUUCGGGGAUUCUUUCAAGACUUCAAUCCCAGUAAAUUUCUCAUCUAUGCCUGUCUGUUGCUGUUCUCUGUUCUACUGUCCUUGCGUCUGGAUGGCAUCAUCCAUUGGAGCUAUUGGGCUGUGUUUGCCCCCAUUUGGCUAUGGAAGCUAAUGGUUAUCAUCGGUGCCUCAGUUGGCACAGGCGUCUGGUCCCAUAACCCACAGUACAGGGCUGAGGGUGAAACCUGUGUGGAGUUCAAGGCCAUGCUGAUAGCGGUUGGGAUCCACCUACUCCUGCUCACCUUUGAGGUUCUGGUGUGUGACCGUGUGGCGAGGGGCACCCACUUCUGGCUGCUGGUCUUCAUGCCCCUCUUCUUCGUCUCGCCUGUCUCUGUUGCAGCAUGUGUGUGGGGCUUCCGCCAUGAUCGCUCUCUAGAGUUGGAGAUCUUGUGCUCGGUCAAUAUUCUCCAGUUUAUCUUCAUUGCCCUGCGACUGGAUAAAAUCAUCAGUUGGCCAUGGCUGGUCGUCUGUGUGCCACUGUGGAUCCUCAUGUCCUUCCUGUGCCUUGUGGUGCUCUACUACAUGGUGUGGUCAGUGCUCUUUCUGCGGUCUAUGGACGUAAUCGCAGAGCAACGGCGCACUCACAUCACCAUGGCGAUAAGCUGGAUGACAAUCGUUGUACCCUUGCUCACUUUUGAGAUCCUGUUGGUCCAUAAAUUGGAUGGCCACUACAGCUCCAGCUAUGUGUCAGUUUUCGUGCCUCUCUGGGUAUCCCUGGUGACUCUGAUGUUCACAACCUUUGGCCAAAAAGGAGGCAACCACUGGUGGUUUGGCAUCCGAAAAGAUUUCUGCCAGUUUCUUCUUGAGCUCUUUCCCUUCCUGCGGGAGUAUGGGAACGUUUCUUAUGACCUGCACCACGAGGACCCUGAGGUGUGCGAGGAGAUGCCUGCACACGACCCGCCAAAAAUAGCCCCGAUGUUCAGCAAAAAAAAUGGUGUGGUGAUCACACAGAGCCCAGGGAAGUACUUUGUGCCUCCUCCAAAACUGUGCAUUGACAUGCCUGACUAAAUUAAAGCUUUGCAACAACUGCUCUAGGGAUUUGAUGGACUUCACAUGCACCAGACAGCUGGAUAAGUAUUUUUUACAACCACAUAUCUAUUUUUUAUGGAAAUGGAAUGUUCUAGAAGGUUAAGUAGACACUUACCCCAAACGGCGAAUCACUCCCUCAAUAUUGUUGUGCAGUAUGGGUGCCCUGAAACAUGAACAAAGGCUCCAAAAACACCCAAAUAUGGCCUUUUAGAAACGGCAUAUAACAUUGUGGAUAAAGUUCGGGAUAAUGCGAUUUCUUGUGUACAUAUCUAAAUACCUGCGUCACUAUACUGAGAGCUUUACCGUUUCUAAAGUAACCUAUUUUGGUGUUUUUGGAGCAUUCAAGUUUUUUUCUGGGCCCCCAUAUUGCACAACGAGGAUGAGGAAGUGAUUUGCUGUUUGUGAUAAGUUUCUCAAAAACCAGUAAAGUCACAAAUAAAAAGGUAGCUGGACCGUUCUAUAACAUGCCAUUUACAUCAGAAAUAGAGAUUUGAUUGUAAAAAACAAACAACUUCUCCUUUAAAGAAGAGGCAGAAGAGCAUAGCUUUCCAUGUAAGUCACUCCAAGUGAGUGAUGGGACCGGAAUUUGGACAUGUUUUUUUCUGAAAACAAAAAUCCAUGGCAGAGUAUGUGGAACAAAAAGCACUCUUAUAUCAACGUGUGUUUUUCCAUUGUGUUGGCAGUGGAAAUAAUUAGUUCCUUUUCAUUGAUUUUAUGUGAUAUACUGUAUAGUACUUUCUAUUUUCCUUGUGAUGUUCUGGCCGCCAACAAAAUAUCUCCAAAGCGUUCAUCCUCUUUUAUAAUUCAGAUAUCUUUCACCUUAUUCCAGUUGAAGAUACAUUUUGUUGUAUGUUUGUCACAUUACCCAAACCCUGAUUUAUUUUUAUUUUUUUGUAUCAAAGCUCAAAUACUAUAUGUUAAGAUGACAACACGAUCAUGUUUAUUAGUCUAACCUUUUUAAACCUAAGAUUAGCUUGCUACUUGGGUAUAUUUGCUUUUGUUUAUUCAAUUAUUUAACUUCUCUAUUGUGAGGAACAUUUGUUGUAAUAUAAUAGCGUGUGUAUAUAUAGUAUUGUUCCCGAACACCCAUUUUUGUGUUUGGAUGGUUUGGUUUUGAUUUCAUAGGGUAUUUUCCUGAAUUAAGACCCUGAUCUAUGUCCACUUAAUUGUAUUAAGGUUUACAACCUUGUUCCUCUAGUGGCCCUUUGCACUAAGUGUAUAAAAACAUUAGGAACACCUGCUCUUUCCACAACAUAGCUUUCACCUGGAUAGUCUAUGAUCCCUUAUUGAUGUCACUUGUUAAAUCCACUUUAAAUCAGUGUAGAUGAAGGGGACUGGUUAAAG